GUCAUCUUCCUGAAAUCACUGAAAGCUGAAGAUGGAUAUUAAGCGCGUGAAGGACUAUAUCUAUUGGCUGUACUACCAGUACCUACUGAUCACCUGCAGCUACGUGCUGGAGCCCUGGGAGCAGUCCAUGUUCCACACCAUCACCGUGACUGUUUUCGCUAUGGUGGUGUACACGGCUUACGUCUUCGUCCCCAUCCACGUCCGCCUGGCUUUUGAGUUCUUCUCCCAGAUAUUUGGAGGCCAGCCCGAAAGCACGGUUUCCAUCGUGAACUGAACUUGCCCGAGUCGUGAUUAGCAGCUCUUGCAAAUUGUGAAAUGCAUUGUCUUCUUCAAUUUUGUAUAUUUAUUCUGCAGCAGUUUUGCAGUUAUGAAAAUACCAUUUUUCUCUUACAAAAAUCUGGCUUGCUUAAUUACCAUCGCUGAAAACCAGAAUAAUGCACUGACCACCGGCUGCACAGUCCCCGUUCAAUGAAACACAGGCCAGCUUUUGCUGGGGGAUAAUAAAACACAUCGCCUGGAAUGCCAUGUGUAACUAAUAUUCACCCGGCUCCCACUUUCAGCACCCUCAUUUAAUCACACUGGCAUGGAUGAACCAGCAAAGGCCGUUUAUGAUGGCUGUGAGGAGGUGUACUACGCUCAAUAUACACAAAGAAGUUCUGCCAACAGAGUGCAGUGGCAAAACAUGCCAUGCCUUCUUUGACCUAGGUUAGAGAAUAUAAGGAGAUGAGUAAAAUACAGCGUGAUUUGAGUACUAAUAUCUGGCUGGUUAUCAACUUCUGGUUUUUAAUUGAUGGGAGAGGAAAUUAGAAGAGAAAGUAAUAGGAACUUGAAUCCAACUUUUUGCAUCUAAGCAGCUGCAUCUGACUUUAGAUGGUCUAAGAGUAA